CUUCUGCACACGUUUCAGUGAUUCAAGGAGGACGCUGGUUGAGAGCCAAGUGGUCAAGAGCCUUGCGUGGAGGACGGGUUAGCCAAUGGGCUGGAAGGUGUGCGGAUCGAGAGCGAGGGCAGCCUGUCCACGCUGCCCUUCUUCAACCUCUCAGAGGAGGACUGUGGCAACUACAUGUGUGUUGCCACGAACAAGCUGGGCAACAGCAAUGCCAGUACCAUCCUGUAUGGAUGGCGGAGAAACUCCCCGGAUCCCCCAGGAGGGCCUGGGAGGAGGAGGACGGGGCUCCCCAGAACAGCAGAUCUUCACCGGAGUCCUAUGAGGAACCCCCGGGCCUCCCAUUGAGGGCUGAUGCCACCUGGUUACCCGUUUACAGACUGGAGCAGAACAAUGUGGAGCGCAUUGAGGCCUUUGUCAAAAGCCCAACAAUGGAUGAGUACGAUAAGAUUGGCUUUCUGGAGAGCAUCUGCUGCCUGUUGUGCACCGCCAGGUACUGCGGCUUGCACCAGGGGCUGGAUGUCUUCUGCCACAAUUGCCAUCUGGCAGAGAUGAUCAAGAUGCUGCUCCAACAGGAGCCCAUGGACCAACUGUUCACCAAGGUGCGGCAUCUCGCCAUGGAUGCCAUAGCAGAAUUGAGCUCAGUGGAGACAGGGCUGGCAGGCCAGGAGGAAAGCCUCCUGGAAAUCUGCUGCAGAAGUGUCUUCUUCCUUCCUCCAAAGGAGGAGUUUUCAGACAUACACACAUACUACUAUAUCUACAUGCUGGAAUCCAUGGACAACAUGCUCCGGAGGCUGGUGCUCAACUCUCCUGCCCCCAGGGCCAGCGAGAAGCUGCAGAACAUCCUGCAGGUCCUGCUGAGCUUCACCAGCUCUGAGAGCGCCGUGGUGCGGGAGAGGGCCCUGGGGAGGAUCAGGACCCUGAGCCAGUUGCUGCUUCACCAUCACACACUGAGGGGCUUGCACCCGACUGAAACAGACCUAUGCAGCCCUGUCUCCCAAGAAGAACUCUUAGUCCUGCUCCUGGGACAGCUUCUGGGUCGUCUCAUCCUUUUCCGAUUUGCCAAGGAUGAGGCAAGCUCUCCAGCUUGGAGUGCUCUUUGGUGCCUCUAUAAUUACCUCCAGCAUCAAGAAAGCAGGCCAAAGCCAAAGGGGGAAGGAGAAGAGCUCACAUGGGAAGAAGAAAACAGAGCCCAAGACCUUACCAUGGCGUUUGCAAAUUCCCUUUAUCCACGGGAGAGGACAGACUUUGUCUGCGUGGCCAUCGAGGCGAUGAGAGACUCCAGCAUCUUUGAGAAGUGGGUAGCAGAAGACAUUCUGGAUCUGGUCAUGAGAGACGUUGACUUCUGGCUGGCAGAUGUGCCAAGCAUCGUAAGGAGCAUCCAUGAAAGCCUGCAGCAGAGCAGCAGAGAUUCAGCGUGGUGCAAGCUGGGCGCCCUCCUUAUCCUGCUGGUCCUGAAGCACCCGAGGGCAUUGACCAUCAGCAUGGUGCUCAACAUUCCCUUAAGUGACAGCGCUGGCAUGGACAUGUGGGAGCUGAUCCUCACCAUGCCCAAGACUUCGGAGGCCUUACAGGAGCUGCUCGGGAUACCGCAGGACACACGAGACACCUCCAUCCCUGCCUUGGUUGCCAUGGCCUCCAGUGAGGAUGCUGGUGAGGAGUCCCAUGUCGAGAGCUCUCAGGACCACCCAAGCCUGCGGACAGUGUCCCUGUUGCUUGAGAACCUCAUUGUGCUGUCGGAGAGACCUGACUUGGCAAGGAAACUGCAGAUCCUCCUGCCACACAUGAUGGGCAGGCUCCAGAAUGCCAAGGAAGAGAUCAAGAUAAAGGCCCUGGUGAUCAUAAGGAACGCGAUGGGCCACCUACAGAAGAAGGAAGCCAGCCCCAUUGCUGUGCAGCUGGUUGGGGACCUCCUGCCCCUCUUUGAUGGAGAGUCCAGCCAGCUGCGAGAGCUCUCCAUCCGCCUCUUCAGAGUCCUGCUGGACUCGGUGGUGAGGGGCGACAAGAGGAGGAUGAGGAGCAGCGCACAGGGUUUUCUGGUCCCGCUCUUCCUCCACAUGAGCGACCAGAGUGACAGCGUGGCCGAGGCCUCCAGGGAAACCCUCCUUGCUGCAGCAACGCUCCUCGGGUGGCGAGAGCUCCAAUGCCCAUUGAAGACAAGGCAGACAUGGAGGAUUGCAGAGUGCUUGCUGGAGCGGAGCAGGAAAAGGGCUGAGGAAUACCUGGACCAGAGCGUGCCGUACCUGGAGGAUGCUCAGGCCCCCUUGCGAGAGGCAGCCAUCAGGUUCAUCGGACUGGCCGCGCGGCCCCUAAGGGGCAGGAACCAGGUGAAGCUGGAGCAGAUCUGCCAAGCCCUUGAGACGCUGCUGGAGGAACGCGAUCCCGUCAUCUGUUCCCUGGCAAUUCAGACCGUGCUCAUCCUGAGAAGGCCACCGGUGCGGCGCACGUUGGGAUGGCGCCUGCGAGCGCUCUGCUGCUGAUGCUGGACAGCUGGGAGCGGCAGCCCUUUCCUUAGGGAAAGGGGUGUCAUCCUUAAACCUGGACUAAAGAGCUUCAGAAACAAAAGAGCUAAAAGAGCGGCUCCUGAGCUGCCGCGUUCCCAGCGCUCCAUCUUCUGGAGACAGCAGGGGCAGAGGGACCCUUGCUCUGAAUAGCACCAGGCAGCAGAGAGGCAUCCAGCCAGCACAGACUCCAAACCUGACACCAUGUCAUCCAGCAAUAAAGAAGUGGAGGUUUUGUAAAGGGC